AGCAGCCACAGCAAACCUGCUCCCACACACCGAGGACCGGACAACCUGAGACAAAGAGACAUGUCUUCUCCCGGCGCCGCCUCCUCAUCCAUUCCUGCGGGACCCCUGAAGCCUAAAAGGAAGACCAAGAAGAAACACUUUGUGCAGCAGAAGGUGAAGGUCUUCAGAGCCAGUGACCCGGUGCUGAGCGUCUUGAUGUGGGGAGUCAAUCACUCGAUUAAUGACUUGAACCAAGUGCCUGUACCUGUCAUGCUUCUCCCAGACGACUUCAAAGCCAGCACGAAGAUCAAAGUGAUCAACCACUGCUUCAACAAGGAGAAUCUUCCGGGCCAGUUUAAAUUCAAAGAGUAUUGCCCACAGGUGUUCAGAAACCUGCGAGAACGCUUUGGCAUUGAGGAUCAAGAUUACCAGGUUUCUCUGACUCGCAGUUCUCCGCUCAGAGAAGAGGAGGGAAAGUACCUAGGACUGCUGCUGACAUCAUACGACCGGACAUUGGUGGUAAAAGAAAUUUCCAGUGAGGAGGUUGAAGAAAUGCACAGGAUCCUGUCCGGGUAUCAUCAGCAUAUUGUCACCUGCCAUGGCAGCACGCUGCUCCCUCAGUUCCUGGCCAUGUACAGAGUGACGGUGGAGAGCGAGGACACCUACCUGUUAGUAAUGAGGAACAUGUUUAGCCACAGACUGCCCGUACACAGGAAGUACGACCUGAAGGGCUCAGUGCUGGCUCGGGAGGCAAGUUUUAAAGAGAAGGUCAAAGAGCUACCCACAUACAAGGAUGCAGACUUCUUGAAUUACAUGCAGAAGAUCUAUGUUAGCGACGAGGAGAAAGAGAAGUUGAUGGACAAGCUCAGCAGAGAUACUGAGUUUCUAGUGCAAAUGAAGAUCAUGGACUACAGUCUGCUGCUGGGCAUCCAUGAUGCCGAGAGGGAAGAGGAGGAAGAAAUGGAGUCAUCCUGUGAGGAGGACGAUGAGGAUGAAAAUGACUUAGCAGCUCCUCCCUGCUCUACCUCACCUGAAGGUAUUGCCGGCUACAUGUACUCCUUCAAACCCAUGGGCCCUGGAGAGUUUGACCCUUACGUGGACAUGUACGCCGUUCAGAGCGCUGUGGGUGCUCCCAGGAGGGAGGUGUACUUCAUCGGUCUGAUUGAUGUGCUGACGCAGUAUGAUGCCAAGAAGAAAGCCGCUCACGCUGCCAAGGCUGUCAAACACGGGGCAGGAGGUGAAAUCUCAACCGUUCAUCCUGAGCAGUAUGCGAAACGUUUCAAGGAGUUCAUCUCUAAGAUCUUUGCCUAACUCAAGGAUUGGUUGUCUUUUAAUCCAGAGCUUAGCUGCACCAAACCCACAAGGAGCGCUAAAGAUGUACCGCUAAAUAAUCUGUUGUUAUUUCUUUAACCCUUUGAAAUCAUCUCAUAUUACAAUCAUACAGUCAGUAAUUCUAAACAAUUGUGGAUCUGGCCUUAUUUAUGGGGUUUGUCUUGCUGGGAGGUAAACCUGUGACCUGUUCUUAAGUCUUUUGCAACCUUGAUUAGGUUUUCUUCUAUUAUUGUGCCAUAUUUUACUCUCUUUAAAGUCAGGGUAAGGUUUAAUGUUUUGAGGAAGACUACCUACAAAGAUUAAGGUGAGGAAUAAAGAUUAGGCCCAUAAAAUAAGCUAAGCUAAUAACCUAAGUUGGCAUUUUUUAAAACACAAUGCAGCUCUAAAGUGUAUCUAAGCAAAUGUCAAGGUUUUAGUUGAAGAAGAUGAUUGGUUUGAAAGUUGAAUCAAAGAGGCCCUCUGUGUAAAAGUGCAACAAUGAUCACUAAACAUUGGAGGAAGCCUGAGACAUCAUUUAUUGACCGCUUACAGCCAGGUUUAAAGCCAUUAACUUCUCCCUCCCUUUAGUGAGAGGAGAGGAAGCACCCUGGUCUCUGGCUGCAGGUAGGGACUUCAACCUGUUAGUCAUGUGACGUCUCCUAAUAACAUCAUGUGACUUGCUUUAUGUUUAAUGACAGAUAUUUCCGGUUUGCACUCAGCACAACUAACAAUGGUGUUUGGAUUAAAACAUUAAACAUUUUGUGCCUUUUUUUGCAUUGUUUUAAAAAUCUAACCAAUAUGGAUUAAAUCUUUAAAAGCUUUUAUUUAGAGGUAAACAAAUGUUUCCAGUUCAAACCUAUUCAUGUUUAUACUGGCCGUCAAUUUUGGGGUCCAGAAAAAAGUAGUAAAACUUAAAAAUAAUGAUAUUGGUAAGUGAGCAUACGGUUUUUGGAGCUACUUGAAUUUCCAAUUACACAAAAUAUUCUCCUUUAAACUUGUUCUUAUUUAUUUUUCUCCAGAUGAGCAUUAAAUUCAA